UGAAACAAUUUUCCAUUAAAAAUAGACUGUCCAAAUAAUAUACUACAACGUGUAUUAUUUUUGGGACUUCGAAAUCUUUUGUUUCUCCCGCGAGAUGAUUAAUUAGACAUUUUUCUAACGACAAAACAACAUUUUUCAAGAGAUUUUUUAGAGGAACCUUGAUUCUAUUUCUAGUAACCUUUUAUAAACAAUUUCCAAACUGAAUUUAUUUCAAAAAUUUCCGCAAAAAGGUUUACUUCGCGGUCCAUUUAAUAACAGUGUAGGAGAUACAGGCGUGAAUUACUACCUGCACUACACACAGGGAAGGAAAAGGAGGAUAUGGCAACCGUUAGGAGCUUGAAAAUCAAGACAGGUACUUGCAAAAGGAUUCUCAAAGAACUUCACUCUUAUGAGAAAGAGGUGGAGAAAGAAGCUGCUAAAACUUCAGACAUGAAGGAGAGAGGGGCUGACCCUUAUGAUCUUAAACAACAGGAGAACGUAUUGGCUGAGUCAAGAAUGAUGAUUCCUGAUUGCCGCAAGCGCCUAGAAGCUGCGCUGUCAGAUCUACAUGCAAUUUUGGCUGAGAUGAAGGAAUCAGAUCAGCAAGGAGUAGAAGUUAAGGAAGCUGAGAGCACCGUUGCAGAGGUUGAGGCUCUGAUUCAAACGAACGAGGCUUAGUAUAUUGAUGCUCUCCACUUAGUUUUUUGGCAUACAACUCAUGAAACUUGAAGCAUGGAAAAAGUGGUUGUUGUGAUCCACUAAGAUCCUUGUAUGAUCAUAGUAAAUGCGCUUUGUACUGGUUUCCAUGAUACGAUAUAGCUAGAUUUGGGUCGUACUUGUAAAAGAAACAAAAAGGGGAAAGUUUUUGUUCAUUGAUCAGCAUA